UAUUCAGCCGUCCCUCAUCUCUACUCUUUCUAAUAUCGUAUAUCCUUUGUUUCGCCAUUUUCUUCUUCUUAUCUGUUGUACCAAAUCAUCAACAAUGGUGGAUACAAGGCCGUUCCUUCCGGUCUCCAGCUCCGAUGGCUCCAUUCCUUCUGAGCGUCCUGCGAAUCGCCGCAAACCCAUGAAAGUGCAGCUCUCAAUAUUUUUUGGGUUGUUAGCUGUUGGGUUAUUGGCGGCUUUGUUGGCAAGUAAUAAGGGGUCAGAUAUCGUAACAGAAAACGAACACGGCUCAUUGGAUUCGUCGACCACCAUCAAACCCGAACCGUUACGGCCGUUGUCACGCGGACCGGCCGCCGGUGUUUCAGAGAAAGCGAACCUGCUUUUCCCCAAAGAUAAUGAGAACACGGUGGCGUUUCCAUGGAAUAAUAGCAUGUUGUCAUGGCAAAGAACAUCUUUUCACUUUCAACCUGAAAUGAACUGGAUGAAUGAUCCUAAUGGUCCAUUGUUCUACAAGGGAUGGUAUCAUUUCUUCUACCAAUACAAUCCCCUUGCGGCUGUGUAUGGUAAAAUAGUAUGGGGUCAUGCUGUAUCCAAGGAUUUGAUCCAUUGGCUUCACCUCCCAUUGGCAAUGGUUGCUGACCAGACAUACGACACGAAUGGCGUCUGGACUGGUUCCGCGACUCUCCUCCCCGAUGGUAAAAUAGUUAUGCUAUACACGGGAUCCGACACCGAGUCUGUUCAAGUUCAAAACCUUGCUUAUCCUGCUAACCACUCUGAUCCUCUUCUUAUCAAUUGGGUCAAGUACGAUGCGAACCCUGUUCUAGUUCCACCACCGGGCAUCCUUAGCAAGGAUUUCCGUGACCCUACGACCGCCUGGUUGACCUCGGAAGGGAAAUGGCGCAUUACCAUAGGGUCGAAGAUCAAUAAAACCGGCAUAGCUUUGGUGUAUGAUACUAAGGACUUCAUAAACUAUGAAAAGUUGGAUGGUUACCUUCGUGCGGUGGACGGAACCGGCAUGUGGGAGUGUGUCGAUUUCUUCCCUGUUUCGAAAACGGAAGAAAAAGGAUUGGACACAUCCGUUAACAGUCUGGAUGUUAAGCAUGUGAUGAAGGUUAGCCUGGAUGAUGACAGGCAUGAUUACUAUACUAUUGGGACUUAUCAUGAGAAGAAUGUCACAUUUAUUCCUGAUGAUACUGAGCUUGAUGUUGGCAUUGGACUAAGGUAUGAUUAUGGUGUAUAUUAUGCUGCCAAGACUUUCUAUGAUCAGAACAAAAACAGAAGAGUUUUGUGGGGCUGGAUUGGUGAAUCCGAUAGCGAAGCCGCCGAUGUGCAGAAAGGAUGGGCGUCUGUUCAGAGCAUCCCAAGGAUGAUUUUGUUAGACAAGAAGACCGAUACUCAUUUGCUUCAAUGGCCAGUGGAAGAAAUAGACAGUUUAAGGUUAAACAGCUACGAAUUUAAUCAUGUGACGGUCCAGGCAGGAUCAGUUGUUCCUCUUGACAUCGGCGCAGCAACUCAGUUGGAUAUCAUGGCGGAGUUCGAGAUCGAUAAAGAAGCUUUAGAAAAAGCAACCGGGUCCAAUGUAACAUUCAGCUGCAGUAGCAGUGGUGGAGCCGUACAUCGUGGGGCAUUGGGACCAUUUGGUCUGUUGGUGCUUGCUGACGACAGACUCAGCGAGCAGACACCUGUGUAUUUCUACAUCGCCAAAGGAUCCGACGGCAACCUCAAGACGUUCUUCUGCAACGAUCAAUCUCGAUCAUCCGAGGCAUCAGAUGUUAAUAAAGAAAUUUAUGGGAGCAUGGUCCCAGUACUGAAAGGCGAAAACUUAUCCCUCAGAGUAUUGGUGGAUCAUUCGAUUAUCGAAAGCUUUGCUCAAGGUGGAAGGACAGUGAUCACAUCUCGGGUUUAUCCGACGAAGGCGAUCUAUGGAGCUGCAAAACUGUUCUUAUUCAACAAUGCUACUGAGGCCGGAGUUGGUGCAUCACUUAGGAUCUGGCAAAUGAACUCUGCAUUCAUUAGGCCAUAUCCAAAUCUUGAUGACAAGUCCCAAUAGGACCAAUGAGAAAUGCAAAACUCGCCAUUGAAUUUAUUUGUUGUUCCUUCUUCUGUCAUUCAAAGGCAAAAUGAAGUUUCUUGUAUUUGUAAUCCAUCUCUUCUUUCCAUUUUUUUGUGAGGCUAAUAAAAUUAUUUGUUAGA